AUGUCGUCUCAUAAAACCUCAUAUGAAAAGUGGCGUGCUAGCAUAUUAGAAUUGGGUUUGAAUCAUCGUUCUACUUGUGCCCUGUUUAGUAAACAACAACAAUUGCAACAAGUACCACUUCAACAACAACAAAACGACAAAUGUGGCUGUGGUCGUUUGAAAAGGUCGCACAGUUACGAAGGUCAACCCAAAUCACAAAGUAAUGAUAAUUGGAAUUCUGAAUCUUGUUCAGAACAGAUAGAAGAUAUGAAAAAUUUUGGUAUUUUGUACAAUUCGUAUGCAUUAUGCUUAACUAAAUUUAUUCGUUGUGAUAUCGAAGCACCGGCAGAAAAACUUUACAACUUGAUACACAAAGAUCGCAACAAAAAGCCAAAUUUAAUAAUAAGCAUUUUUGGUGGUGCAAAAUAUUUUAAAAUGAAUGAACGUUUGGAGAAGGAAUACAUGCGUGGUAUUAUUCAAGCAGCUACAACUGUUGGUAAUGUUUAA